AUGGCGCCUUCUUCAUCAGAUGUUGGCUUCUUAGCGUCUUCUAUCUUCUUGAUUCUUUCCAUUUUUUCCAAUUUUUGUACGGGAAGUACAAAUGAACCCACAGAAUUUUCAAAAAGUCUCUCCCGGGGUUGGAAUGACAAAAUUCACUGGCAAACACUUUCACAAGGCCUUGAUUUAGCUGCAAAAUUGGAUAAACCAGCCAUGGUCAUUAUACACAAAACUUGGUGUUCUGCUUGCAAAAGUUUAAAGAGAGAUUUUGCCAAAAAUGCUGAAAUUCAAGAAAUGAGUCAACAUUUUGUUAUGGUCAAUACACAAGACGAUGAAGAACCUAAGGAGGAUAAAUAUGCACCUGACGGUAGUUACAUUCCACGAAUUUUAUUUGUUGAUGGAAGCUCAAAUGUGAGAGUGCAGCAUUAUAAUGAAGACGGAAAUAAAAAAUAUCGUUAUUUUUAUUCCUCUGCCCGUGAAGUCAUCACUUCUAUGAGAAAAGUAAUCACAACUUGGCGACAUGACUCUUAUGAAGAAGGUAUUGAUGAUGGAGAGGGUCAGAUUUAUGAUGAACUUUGA